AGUUGGUGCGUUGAUCUGGGCCACAUCCUCCAUGGAGUCUUCCAAGGAUACCCAGCACGGUGAUGCUCUAGAAUCUAAAAGUUGCCUGGCUAACAGGACGUCCUCUCGUCAGAACAAAAGGAUCAGCCUCUCGUCUUCUGAUGGACCGGGUCCGAGAGUCACUGAGUCCCUAGGCCUUCCCAGGGUGUUGACUCCCUCUGACACGGCUGCGGAGCUGGGUCAGAAGACCUCCUCCUCUUCGUCUUCCUCCUCUUCCUCUGCACAGUCUAAUCGUUCCUCAAAAGUUUCACUGCCUGAAAUCCAAAAGGAAAAAUAUCCCGAGGAAUUCAGCCUGCUCAAUUCACAGACAGAAGAUGGGCAACGUCCUGAGUGGACAUUUUAUCCAAGGUUCAGCAGCAACAUCCACACCUACCACAUUGGAAAGCAGUGCUUCUUCAAUGGGGUCUUCCGGGGCAACAGGAGGUCUGUGGCAGAGAGGACAGUGGACAGCAGCCUCGGGAAGAAGAGAUACGGUAGUGUGUUUCCUCCAUCAAAGGUGAAAAAAAAAAAGAAAGAAAGAAAGCGAGUCCCAGCUGUGGAGCCUGCUUUCUCUGGCUGGGAACAGCUCUGCAGGGCCAUCCUGUUUUCUCACAGUGCAGCCAGGAAGACAGGAAGGCAGCGAGCCUCGUUCCAGGUAUCAACUGCCAACAGAUCCCCAGGGCCUCAGAAGCUACCCCCAACCUAUGCUGAAAAAUGUAAUUGGCAAAUCUUGCACAGCCACUGUGAGCAUAAGGGACCUUACGAGAAAAAAUUCGACACAUUUAUCCCGCUUGAGCCACUUCCGAAAAUUCCCAAUCUGCCUUUCUGGGAGAAGGAAAAAGCCAACAAUUUGAAGAACGAGAUAAAAGAAGUCGAGGAGCUUGACAACUGGCAGGUGCCGAUGCCCUUCCUACAUGGCUUCUUCUCCACUGGUGCUUCCAACUUUUCAAGACAACAAUGAGCAGAGACAUUGAGCCCCCAAGCAUUCGCUGACUGCCCUCCCAGCCAGCCUCUGCCAUUGCUGGGUGUUUUUAUUCUUUGUUUUUGACACUGUAUCUGUCCUAAACCAUUUGUUUGACUCGAAUGAGGAAUCACUAUGUUUGGCCUUGUUUAACACUCAACUGUGAAAACUUUCAAGAUGUGUAGAAAAGUUGCACUGAUCAUAAAGCAGACACCUGGGCGCCCUCAUCUAGCCUCUCCCAUGGUAGCAUGUAUGCCCGUGCUUUUGUUCCUCUCCCUCUAUUUGCUGACCCACUUGCCAGCCAGUGACACACAUCAGACUCCUUUACACCUUCAGACCUACUACCUUAAACAUGUGUCUCUUGAAGUGGGGGAUAUUUUCUAACCACCACGGGUAAACUUCCAACGCAAGCUUGGUAUUUAGCACUGACACUAAUAUACAGCUCAUGUUUGGUUUUACUCAGACACUGCAGGUUAAUGGUAGCAGGCAGGCAUUAUGGCAGUGUUUCUGUUUCCUCAGACUGCUACUACGGAAUAUUAGAGACCAGGUAGCUUAUAAACAAAAAGAAUUUCCUUCUUAUAGUUCUAGAGCCUGGAAAUUCCAAGCCCAAGAUGCUGGCAGAUUUGGUAUCUGGUGAGAGACACUGCCUUCCUGCUGUGCACUCAUAUAGGGGAAGGGGCAAAGUUGGAUCUCUGAGGUUUUUUUCCUUUUGAUACAGGGAUUAUGUUUGUGUGGUGUAUGUGUGUGUGUG